AUGGUGCUUUUCCAGAUAUCGUUUGAAGAUGUGGCUGUGGAUUUCACGUUGGAGGAAUGGCAGCUACUUAAUCCUCUUCAAAAGAAUUUGUACAGAGAUGUGAUGUUGGAGAACUAUACCAAUCUAGUUUUCUUGGGUCAUCAAAUUACCAUACCUGAUGCAAUUUGCAAACUGGAACAAGAAGAACCAUGGAUAAUAGAUCAAAAACUCCUAUGUCAGAACUUUUCAGAACUCUGGCUACAUAAUAAUUCUAAAAUGCAGCCCCAAGAUUAUCAAGACAAGCUUAAGAGUAUGGAGAGAGGAUAUGAAUAUGUUUUUGAGAAAAUAUUGAAUUCAAGCAUAAACUUUUUUCAUUUAGGAAUGAGAUCCCAUAAAUGUGGCACAAGUGAAAAAAGUUUGAAACAUCCUUUUGAUUCUCUUAUUCCAAAAAAUAACUGUGGAAGAAAGAAACUUGAUGAACUCAAUAAGAAAUUAUUAUUCUGUAUCAAACCUGACAGAACACAUGGUGGAUUAAAAUACUGUGAGUGCAAUAAAUGUAGAAGAGCCAGCAGUGGAGAGUCAUGGCUCAUUGCAAAUCAUAUAAAACAUACAGGAGUUUAUUUAUGCAUGGAAUGUGGCAAAAUUUUUCAUAAGAAGUCACAGUUUAUUAUACACCAGAGAAUUCAUACAGGAGAGAAACCCUAUCAAUGCAGUGAAUGUGGAAAAGCCUUCUCACAGAAGUCACUGCUUACCAUUCAUCAAAGAACUCAUUCAGGAGAAAAACCAUAUGGGUGUGGUGAAUGUAAAAAAGCCUUCGGUAGGCGGUCACUCCUCAUUUUACAUCAGAGAACUCAUACUGGAGAGAAGCCCUAUGAAUGCAGCGAAUGUGCAAAAGCCUUCAGCAGAAAGUCACAGCUUAAAAGACAUCAGAUAACUCAUACCACAGAGAAACCCUACAGCUGCAAUGACUGUGGGAAAGCAUUCUCCCAGAAAUUAAAGCUCAUUACACAUGAAAGAAUGCAUUCAGGAGAGAAGCCUUAUGAAUGUAGUGACUGUGGAAAAGCAUUCUUUUGGAAGUCACAGCUUAUUACCCAUCAUAGGACACAUACAGGGAAGAAACCUUAUGCAUGUAGUGAGUGUAAAAAAGCCUUCAGCAGGAACUCACUCCUCAUUAGGCAUCAGAGGAUUCAUACAGGAGAGAAACCCUAUGAAUGCAGUGAAUGUGGUGAGGCCUUCAUCAGAAAACCACAGCUUAUCAAACAUCAAAUAACUCAUACAGGAGAGAAGAACUAUCAAUGCAAUGACUGUGAAGAAGCCUUCUUUAAGAAGUCGGAGUUAAUAAGACAUCAAAAAAUUCAUUUAGGAGAGAAACCCUAUCGGUGUAUUGAAUGCGGGAAAACCUUCUUUGGGAAAUCACAACUCCUAACACAUCAGAGAACUCACACUGGGGAGAAACCUUAUGAAUGCAGUGAAUGUGGCAAAGCCUUCACCCAGAAGUCAAGUCUGAUAUCGCAUCAGAGAACACAUACAGGUGAGAGACCCUAUGAAUGUAGUGAAUGCAGGAAAACCUUCAGUGAGAAGUCAAGUCUCAUUCAUCAUCAUAGAACCCAUACUGGAGAAAAGCCCUUUGAAUGUAACGAGUGUAGGAAAGCUUUUGCCUGGAAGCCACAGCUCCUUAGACAUCAGAGAAUUCAUACAGGGGAGAAACCCUAUGAAUGCAGUGAAUGUGGGAAAGCAUUUGUUCAGAAAGUGCAGCUCAUUAAGCAUCAGAGAAAUCACACAGGAGAGAAGACCUAUGGAUGCAGUGAUUGUGCAAAAGCUUUCUUUGAGAAGGGACAGCUCCUUAUGCACCAGAGAAUUCAUACAGGAGAAAGACCAUAUAAAUGUGGUGAAUGUGGGAAGUCCUUCACUAGAAAGUCACACCUUAUGAGGCAUCAAAGAAUUCACACAGGAGUCAAAUCUUAUGGAUGCAAGGAAUGUGGGAGCACCUUUAACGGGAAGUCACAGCUCAUGAUACAUCAGAGAAGCCAUAUAAUAUAGAGAUCAUAUAAUAUAGACAAUGGAGUGAAUGUGGAAAGCCUGCUAUCGGAGGUCAUAU